AUCUGCCGCUGUUCGGUCUGAGUGAGGAUUUAUUUCCGUCUCUGUGUGUUUGUAGAUUUAGGGAUAAUAUACAGAAUCACUUUGUGUACAAGCUUUUGUUUGUUUGUCUGCUUGUUUUAAACACCUGCCAGUAAGAAUCAAGUGAGUUUCAGACACACCUGUCUUCCACACGGCUUUUACAUACUGAAUCAGGAAGUGUGCGCUCUUCUAAGUGACUGUGUGAGUUUGUUUUUCAGGAAAAUGGCAGAAGCGAAUAUUUUAGGCUUUCAGGAUCAGUUCAGCUGUUCAAUCUGUCUGGACCUAAUCAAGGAUCCAGUGACUCUUCUUUGCGGACACAGUUUCUGUAUGGUGUGUAUUAAUGGCUGCUGGGAUCAGGAAGAUCAGAAGGGAGUCUAUAGCUGUCCUCAGUGUCGACAAACCUUCAUUCCAAGACCUGCUGUGAGUAAAAACACCAUGCUGGCUGAAGUAGUGGAGACACUGAAGAAAACAGGACUCCAAUCUACACGUCCUGCUCAGUUUGCAGCUGGACCUGAAGAUGUGGAGUGUGAUUUCUGCACUGGGAGAAAAUACAAAGCCAUCAAGUCGUGUCUGGUGUGUCUGGCCUCUUUCUGUGAAACUCACCUCCAGCCUCAUUAUGAAUCUCCUGCCUUUAAGAAGCACAAGUUGGUCGACACCUCCAGACGACUCCUAGAGCAGAUCUGCUCUCAGCAUGACAAACUGCUGGAGGUGUACUGUCACACUGAUCAGCAGUGUAUUUGCAUGUUGUGUACCAUGGAUGAACAUAAAGGACAUGAUACGGUAUCAGCCGCAGCAGCACGAGCUGAGAAACAGAAGCAGUUGAUGGAGAUGCAGGGAAAAUCCAAGCAGAGAAUUCAGGACAGAGAGAAGGAGCUUCAGGAGCUGAGGAAAGCUGUGGAGACCUACAACCACGCUGCACAAACAGCAGUGCAGGAAAGUGAGAGGAUCUUUAAUGAGUUGAUCAAAGCCACUGAGAGAAGAUGCUCUGAACUGACAAAGCUGAUCAGAGCUCAGGAGAAAGUUGCAGUGAGUCAAGCUGAAGACGUCAUGAAGCAACUGGAGCAGGAGAUUGCAGAGCUAAAGAGGAGAGACACUGAGAUGGAGGAGCUUUCACAUACAGAAGAUCCUGUCUAUUUCCUCCAGAGUUUUCAGUCGAUCUCGACCCCAACUGAAUCUUCAAAACUGUCCACCAUCAAAUGCAGCUCUUGCUUACCUUUUGAGGAUGUCAUAAAGUCUGUGUCUCAGCUGAGAAAGAAAAUGGAAGAGUGCUGUAAAACUGAGUUUGAGCACAUAACAAGGAGAGUGAAGGGUAUCACACUCUUUCAAGCUUCUCUUUUUCCCCUUGGUGGCCCCACUCCUCAAUCCCAAAGCAAAGAAAAACCAAAGUUUGGCCCGGUCAAUGAAGUUCCUUCUUUGACCUUUGUCACACCCACUCCUCAAUCCCAAAGCAGAGCAAAACCGAAGUUUGGCCUGUUCAAUGAAGUUCCUUCUUGGACCUUUGUCACACCCACUCCUCAAUCCCAAAGAAAAGCAAAACCGAAGUUUGGCCUGUUCAAUGAAGUUCCUUCUUUGACCUUUGUCACACCCACUCCUCAAUCCCAAAGCAGAGCAAAACUGGAGGAUACCCUGCCCUUUCAAGUUCCUCCUUUUACCCUUGGUGGCCCCACUCCUGAAUCCCAAAGCAGAGAAAAAUUGGAGGAUGUCCUGCCCUUUCAAGCUGCUCCUUUUACCCUUGGUGGCUCCACUCCUGAAUCCCAAAGCGGAGAAAAAUCCAGGCCUGCAAAUGGGAGAACCCCUCAAAUUACCAACUACUGAUGCUCUGUGAAAACUCGCACUUUACGGCACUCUUCAGUCUUUCUCAUUUAUGCACAAUUUCUCUCCUUUCAUGUGUAUAUUGUGGAAUUAUCAGUAUAAUCUUUACAGAAAUUAAUAAAAAUUUAAGGAUCUUGAGUGUGUAUAAAAUAGAAUGCCUUUAUUGUCACUGCACAAAUGUACAAUGAAAUUUAGUUCAUCAUAGGAGAGCAAAGCCACUGCAUACAUGUGUGCCACCACUCUUGGGCACUUCAGCCCAAGGCCAUCCCAUGUUAACCUAACCUGCAUGUCUUUGGGGGAAACCAGAGCACCCGGAGGAAACCCACGCAGACAACAUGCAAACUCCAUAGAGAAAGGCCCCCAUCAGCCGCUGGGCUUGAACCCAGAACCUUCUUGCUGUGAGGUGACAGUGCUAACCACCAUGCUCUCUCAUAUAUUGGGCUGUUCGAAUUGAACGAACCAUGAAAUGUCCUAGUAAUCUUUACAAGGAUGAUGAUGUAGAUUGAGCUCCUAUGCUGAAUUAAAUAGAUAAGAUAAUCGAGACAAUCUACAUAAACACAAAAGCAAAGCUCACUAGUGAACAGCACAAAACUGCUUCCCAAGCCAUGCAGUUACAGUGAGCCAUGAUAACUUCUCCAUCCUGUUUCACCAAUACCCAGUUGUUUAAAGGGGUUUCUGUGGAUCUUUGUGAAUGAUUUAGCUGGAAGAGAAGAGAAGGAAGGAUUGAAAAUCGAGCGGCUGUGGCUUGUUUACCCCAAUACUAAAACUUGUAGCGUCCUAGCAACCAUCACAAAGACGUAUACAGAAAGCCCAAAAAUUCCUCCUUACACUGGCAAAAGCGAUACAGGAUUUAUCUUGUAGUGUCCUGAUCCCCAGACCUUUAAACCAGCCACAUAUAAGAAGUUGUACUCCUCCAUGCUCUUAUCUGUGUGUCUGCGUAGAAUGAUGGCUACAGGGCUGACACAUAGAGACAACCAUUCACGGUCAAUUUAGAGCCACUAAUUAGCCUAACCUGCAUGUCUUUGGACUGUGGGGGAAACCAGAGCACCUAGAGGAAACCCACACAGAGAACAUGUAAACUCUACACAGAAAGGCCCUUGUCAGCCACUGGGCUUGAACCCAGGACCUUCUUGCUGUGAGGCAACAGUGCUAACCACUACACCACUGUGCCACUGUCUGGGAACUCAACAGAUAGAUAAUUUUCCAAAUCAUUGGAAAAAUCUUUCUUUGUUAGCAUGUAAGAUUCUAUCCCAUUGCAAAGAACAACUUUCUGAAUGUAUCUUGACAGAGGCCAACGCACUAAACUGCGAAAGUAGUUGGAAACAGUUUCACUAACUCUUUGCAUUAGGGCAGCCAAACUGUUUUGCCUGACCAGCACUUCAUUCACUGGAAGUAAACUCACAAGCAAAAGUCACGUGACUCAAUACAACCUAUUGCAACUCAUAUAACGACUCUUUACAACCGUGAUGAGCAGAAAAGCAUCUCAGCAUGCAACAGAGAAGAGCACAUUGGGUUCCACUCCUGCAGCCAAGAACAGGAAUCUUAGAAUCAAGAAUAAGUUCCUUUUAAAGUGGCCGGUGAGUGUAUAUUAAUGAAAUGUAUGCUUACAACAAAUGUAUAAUUGCUUUGGUAAGUCAUACGCAAAAUAUAUAAACUUUGUUCUAGUAGUUCACUUUUUUCAAACAGAACAAUUAAAGAACUAGCUUUCUGUUGGUGGUGUUUAUCUGUUGAUGAAAGGUUUAAUAAUUUCAUAUUAGGAAAAAUCUUAAUGGAUCAGAGACAUUUCCUGAAAGCAAAUGUAAAAUGAAUUCAAUGUGUGCUGUCUUCUGUAGAUCAUCUCUAAACCCGUAUAUUUUUCUCCCCAAAAUUUACAUGUUCUUGGAACAACUAUCCUGAAAAAUUUAAAGCAGCUGUUUCACAAGUGUUAUCCUAACCCAGAUGCUUUGAUAUUAAUGUAUUUUUGCCAAGAUUAAAAAAAAUGUUUCUUUGCUUAUGGUUUUAACUUUUCUUAACUUUAUUCAUUUAAAUGAUAUAACAGGUUUUGUUUGUAUUAUGAAGAUUUGUCUGUAAUCAGUAGUGCUGUACAAUUAUUUUGUGUUGAUUUGAAUGUUCUAUGAAGCUUCUAAAAAUACAUAAUAAAAGCUAUUGUGAUCUGCUA